AUGAGCAGUGUGGAAAGUACGUCUCUUUUGCGUGGUGAGGAGGAGGAUGUGUCCGGAUCGGUGCCGGUGUCGGCGGUGUCGUCCGUGCCGGAGAUCUUAUCUGAUGUAGAUAAAGAGGUUGACGGCGUCAAUCUGUAUAUGUUGCUGUGUAUUGUAUGUGCAUGUGUUGGUGGUUUGAUGUUUGGUUAUGACACAGGAUGCAUUUCUCAGGUUAUAGAACUGCUAUCAGAUGAUUUAGGUCACUAUUUGGUGGCUUGGGAGUUAGAGCUUAUUACAUCCUCGACCUCUUUGUUCGCUUUAAUGGGUUCUAUUUUUGCAGGUAUUUCUGCUGACAGAUAUGGCAGAAAAGUACUGAUAGCGGUUUCUUGUGUUGUUUUUAUAUUGGCAGCUCUGGUUAUGGCCCUAUCGAUGUCACUCGCCUGGCUUGUACUGGGGAGAUCGUUAGUUGGUCUGGCUGUGGGUGUCGCUUCUACAAUUGUUUCUGUUUAUAUUGCAGAGAUAUCACCACCUCGGUACCGUGGACGGUUGGUGGCAUUGAAUUCUGUAUCCACUACAGGUGGUCAGGUACUUGCGUACCUCUCUGGAGUGGCAUUUCAUAAGACCACCAAUGGAUGGAGGUAUAUAGUAGGUCUAUCAGGAAUCCCUCCACUGUUGUUUUUAUUAGUAAUGACUGCGGUGCCAGAAUCACCUCGUUUUUUGUUUAUGAAUGGACGAGUUGACGAAGCCAAGCAAGUGCUGUUGAAGCUUGAUCCGAGGGUCGAUGUGGCUCAGGUAGAAGAAAUGGUUCGUCAAGAUCUCAGCUAUAAAGACGCUAAUAAUGGAGUUGAUGAUUCUUCUCUUGCUAGACUUUUCUCAGUGCCUGCUAAUUUUAGAGCCUUGGUAGUGGGAUGCGGAUUAAUGGCUGCCCAACAAUUGUGCUGCUUCAACGGGUUCAUGUACUUUUCAGUGAGUCUGUUUGCCAUGGCAGGGUUUGAUAACCCUUUUGCUGUGAGCCUAGUGGUAUCAAUCACUAAUUUCGUGUUUACAUGGGGAGCUGUGAAGUACAUUGAUAAAGUGGGUCGUCGAGCCAUUCUUCUUAGAAGCGUCUGGAUAAUGGUAGUAGCCUUAAUAGUAGUGGCGUUUGCAUUCACCACUAUUGACCCCAGUGCUAUCAAGAAUGCCACUAAUAACGACUCUGGCAAGCCAGGUUCUGACAGUGAACCUGAUGGAAUGAAGAUUCUCACUGUGGCUGCUACAAUUGUCUUUGUAGCAUCCUACGCCAUCGGUCUAGGAAACAUUCCCUGGCAAGCCAUAGAGUUCCUGCCACUAGACGUUAGAUCGCUAGGAUCGAUGUUUAUCACGUCCACGAACUGGACCUUCAACACACUCGUAUCAGCGUCGUUCCUCCAUCUGCUCAAAUGGCUCACUGGCACUGGCACUUUUCUCCUGUACGCGUUCUUCACGCUCCUGGCGUACAUCGGUAUCUACCUCUACUACCCCGAAGUGGCAGGAUUGCCUCUAGAAAAGGUCAACGACAUCUUCAAACAGGGCUGGAGGGGUCUCGGCAAACGGGGAGUUGUACUAUAA